AUUGUGAGAACUCACCCUCGUGGAAAAUCGAUUUCUCAUUGAUUUUCGGAUAAUAAACCGCUUUUAAAUGUACGACCAGGAAAAUCUCAUUGUUGACAGAAGUGAGCACUUUGCAUUGCUUUUUGGUGCGUUUUCCAUGGGAAUAAUCGUUCUUAUUUUUGCACUCCGCGGACAAAGAAAUCGGAUUUUCGAAGAGAACAUGUUCAAGCAGAGAAUACUUUUGAGCCAGAUUUUCGAUAUGUACAUGGUAAGAACAGAGUCUUUGCGAAUUCGUCAAAAGCAGCUCGAGGCUCAUCGCCACGUUCUGGAGCAUGGACGCGUGGAAUAAAAGUUAUUAAUCUUUAUUGUAAAACAUUUUAUUGCGAAUAAUUCGAAAAAUAAAAAAUUGAACAAUGA